AUGUCUGACUCAAUUGAAAAGAAAGAUUCUAAUUCACCAAGAAGAGCCAGUUUUGGUAAGGGUGAAAUACACAAUAUUCUAUCAAAUAGAGUCACCAAUCAUGUGACAACAAACUUAGACGCUUUGGCGGUGGCUGAUGAUAAAAAAGCAGAGAGGCUCUUGAAAGAGGCACAAGCUAACUUAGAAUUGGUCGCCGAGACUGGGUACUCACCAGAACUUAGAAGAAACUUUAGUAUCAUAUCUCUUUUAGGUAUUGGUUUUGGUAUCACUAAUAGUUGGUUUGGUAUUCUGGGUUCCUUAGUAGCUGGUAUCAGUUCUGGUGGGCCAAUGAUGAUUAUUUAUGGUAUUAUUAUUGUUGCAAUUUUUUCUGUUUUCAUUGGUAUUACUCUUUCCGAACUUUCAUCAGCUUAUCCUAAUGCCGCUGCCCAGAUUUAUUGGGCGCAAAAAUUGGCUCCUCCAAAGUAUGCUCGUGCCUGUGCUUAUUUCACUGGUAUUUUGCUGGCCGCAGGAAGUACUUUCACUACUGCCAGUGUCAAUAUGACGUCUGCUACUGCAAUUGUUGGUAUGUAUAUGCUUCAUCAUCCUGAGAAAACAAUUCAAAGAUGGCAAGUGUUUAUUGUUUACGAGGCUAUUACGAUCUUGUUAGUAUUUUUCAAUAUCUACGAAAAGCCGUUGCCCAUGAUCUCAAGUACCACCUUGUACACUUCGCUUUUCUCAUUUGUUGUUAUCACAAUAGUUGUUCUUUCGAUGCAUGAUGGUGACUUCCAAAGCCCGCAUUUUGUUUUCGUUGAAUUUAAUAACGGUACUGGUUGGUCUUCUUCGGCCAUUGCAUUCAUUGUUGGUUUGAUCAAUCCUAAUUGGAGUUUUUCGUGUUUAGAUGCUGCCACUCAUAUAGCUGAAGAAAGUUUAAGUCCUGCAACUGACAUUCCAAAGGCUAUUCUUGGAACUGUUGCCAUUGGGUUCAUCACUUCUUUCACCUAUUCUAUUGCCAUGUUUUUUUCUAUCAAAAACUUGGAUGAUAUUUUGUCAUCCAAUACUGGGGUGCCUAUUUUGGAUAUUUAUUAUCAAGCCACCAAUUCUAAAGCAGCAGCUGUGGGUUUGGAAUUUCUUAUUCUUUUGACUUCUCUUGGUUGUUCUAUUGGCUGCAGUACCUGGGCGUCUAGAAUUAUUUACAGUUUUUCCAGAGAUAAUGGAUUGCCAUUGUCGAGACUUUGGGCAAAGGUUGAUAGUAGAACUGGAAAUGUGGUAAAUGCCCACCUCUUGUCAAAUUUCUGGGUCAUGGUCAUUGGUUGUAUAUAUUUGGGCUCUUCAACUGCCUAUAAUUCUAUUUUGAUUUCUUGUGUCACUUUCUUGUUACUUUCAUACUUGAUUCCAACCGUAUUUUUGGUAUUUAAAAGAAACAAAAUUAGACACGGCCCCUUCUGGUUAAAUGGUUUUGGUUUAGUUGCUAAUGUUGGGUUAAUUGUAUGGGCUAUAUUUGCUUUUGUUUUCUAUAAUUUCCCAACAGUGAUGCCUGUUUCUGGAAGUAAUAUGAAUUAUUCGUCAGCUGUGUUUGGUGUUUGUUUAAUUUUUUCAGUAAUAGAUUGGACUUUGAGAGGGAAGCACCAAUACACUUCUCUUGAAGAAAGAGAAAAGGUCAAGGAUGAAUUGGCCCUGCAAGUGUCCAACCAAAUUACCAAUAUUCAAUCUAUUGUUUCGAAUAGACACUGA